GCGCAGCUACACCUUGAAUUACGGUUACGCCACCGUUAACGCCGAACGGACAACCACCGUCACCACCACAACAACAACCACCACCGGCGAGCUGUGUAGCAGUCAAGAUGGCGUCCGAGGGUCAGCUCGACUAUGAGUCGAUUCUGUGUGUCAAACCCGAAGUAAAUGUUUACCGCAUCCCUCCGAGAGCAUCUAACCGGGCUGUCAGGGCUGCUGAUUGGAAGCUGGAUGCUCCUGACUGGACGGGACGCAUGCGUGUGACGGCUCGAGGCAAAGUAGCCUUUGUGAAAUUGGAGGACAAAGUGUCCGGGGAGCUGUUUGCCCAAGCACCAGUGGAGGAAUACCCUGGCAUCGCAGUGGAAACAGUCAGUGACUCAAGCCGUUACUUUGUGCUUCGGAUCCAAGAUGACAACGGCCGCAGCGCGUUCAUAGGCAUCGGGUUUGGAGACCGAGGUGAUUCAUUCGAUUUCAAUGUGGCUCUUCAGGACCAUUUCAAGUGGGUAAAACAAGAGAACGAGUUUAAAAAACAGGCUCAGACUCCGGACUCUACUCCUAAACUCGAUCUGGGCUUCAAAGAGGGACAAACCAUCACUCUAAACAUUGGGCAAUCGAAGAAAAAGGACAGGUCUCGUCCGCAGAGUUCAGGAGGCCUCGGUUUCCUUCCGCCUCCACCUGGAGGCAAGCUGGCACCUCCACCUUCAUCCAGAGCUACCAAUCUUAACACACAGCCAACAGCAGGGGGCGCUGACACCGGCUGCUUGCUAGAUCUUGACUCCAGCAACUCCAACUCAGUGGCUCCAUCCAACCCGACAUCCACAGCUAAAAAUGACCUGUGGGGAGACUUUGACUCUGUGGCCCAGAAGUGAGGAGAUACUGUCUCCAGCUGUGAGACUGAAGAUAUGCACUGACAGACAGCUGACUCUCUGUGUAGGUAUUAAUCCAUGAAGUGUGCGUCCGGCGCAGCGAUCUUCUAAUGUCGUAUUGAGAUUAUUGUGAAGUUGACCGCAGAAUGAGUUCAUUUGAGAGAACUCUUGUCAGCCCGCCGCUGAUUUACGAAGUGGUCGGGCUCUUUGGCGCUUUCUGUUCCGCUCUUGCGGCCGCGCAGCUGUUUAGCACUUACUCCAGUGGGGAUGUGUUGUUUUAACUAUAAAUCAGGACACAUGGAAGUGCUGGAUGGGAGAGGGUGUUAGGGGAAGGAAAAGAGGCAAAUACUUUUAUCUUCGCCUCAAGGGGAAAGAGAGGUUAUUUUUUUAUGUUAUGUCAUUUCCUCUCAGCACAGCUGUUUAAGCUGUGAAUUGUGAGUCGUUUGGGUCGUGACCUCUCUGAAGCUCAGUCAACAGGUCUGAUUCUGCUCAGUUCAUUCAGUCAGAGGAAGGAUUUAUCUGCAGUGUGUUAAUUCUGUUUGAAAAUGUGAAGGUAUUUUUGGCGUGCUGCAGACAAACAGAACAAGGAACCAAGCUAAUACGUGUCCGUUAGUGUGUUUGGUCGUGAAAUUAUGUAUCAAGAGCUGGACUAUGUGUCACCGAUAUCAUGCGUUGCGUCUGAUGUGCACUGACAAGUGGCGUGGUGAUGGGUGUUGACCGGAGCACACCAUAAAUGUUUGUUUAUUGUCUUAAAUUAUAUGUAUUUAUCCUAAAUGUUACUUGUUGUUUAAGCUGUAUAGUGUAUAAAAAUAUGCAAAUGAGAAUAAUGAAAAUGGAAACAUAAAAUAUAAUCAACCAUGCCAUUCUUUUCUUAAAUGAACAAAAUAAACCUAUAAAUGAAAUACUCAGAA